UCAGCAAAUUAUAAGCCAGUCCACUCCUUGAUAUGUUUGAUUUGCCGCAGCAUGGACACAAACAUUUUUUUAAAGGUAUCAUUGAUCUGAAUAUGUAGAUGUCCUUUAAAUGGUUUUAAGAAAAACAAGAGUGAGUCAGCAAACCAAAUAUUGUCCCAUUGGUAUUUGUAUAUUCUGUGGAUAGUAAAAGAAACUGCAUCUGACUCGCUACAGGUGGUGUAUGAAAGUGCCCCGCCUCUCCAGAGCGAGGGAUGCAAAUAGGUACUCUAAAGCUAUCAUUUUACACUUGAUCCUUUGGGCAAAGAGGCGUUGUCAUUGGAUCACAGCAGCUCUUUUACAAUGGAAACCAGACAGCUUCAUGCAGCUGAGGCAUUUAGACAAUAGCUGAAAGGUUCAUUCAACCAACGUUUGCUGUCUUAUUUUUUUCCAGCUAUGCCUAUUGCAGACCUUCUCGGAGUCCAGUUCGACAUGCAGCUGCUGGUGAAACUUAGUUUCUCUGCUGCUGCAGUGCUGCUGGUUUCUUGGGCCUACAGAUUCUACAGAUCCAGAGACGUGAGGAAAAUUAAACCCUGUGGCAAAGAAAACAGAGAGGCAGAAAAUUCUGCCAGCCACGACUACAAGAGGACACAGCAGCAUCUCUGUUUUCAAGACAAGGAUGAUGAUGCCAAGCAAGACUUAGCUACUAAUGACUUGGAGUCCAACAGCACCAAGGGAAUACUUAAUGAAUCUCAUUUACACCAAGUUGAAAAGAGUAAGAAUGUAUUUAGUCCUUUAAAUAAUGAUCAAAUUAAAUACAUAGGGAAGGAGAUGGUUCGUCAGGACCAACCAAGUAAUAUUUCAAUUGGAUCUACUUUGAAGAUACAUGAUCCAACAGAUUAUGGGAUGGAAGCUAUUACUGGACGUCGCUCUCCUUGCCGUUUGAAGAAGCUAGAUGGUGGAUUGGGUGUGAGCAGAGAGUUAAGACAGGACUUGGAGCACCAGGGGGUCUACUCCAGCUUCCUCUCUAAGGCGGAGAUCAAAGUAGAAGAUGCCAAAGUAGUACUGGAAGGAUCAGGAGACAAGAUUGUGAGUGGAAAAAUAUAUGACUAUUAUGUUGAAUCUUCCUCUCACUCAAUAACAGAUUCAAAACCUUUGCUUACCCAGUAUGAGCGCAACACUGUAUCAAAGAAGAACUAUGGAACAGAGGACACCAGCUUCAUUGAUUCUCCUGCAGGUAUCGUUAUGCGUGAUUUAGUUCUUCCACAAAGUGCUGUUGUGGAAGACUCCUUACAAGGACACCAGAGGCACCCUGAAAGGCCUUCACUCCUACGCAAGGAGAGCUAUAUGUCUGCAGCAGAACAGUCUGAACCUUCCAUCCACUUUUGGAUUUCAACACAAUCAAGCCCUGUGACUCACCAUGGGGCCUCAGCAGAUAAUGAGACCAUCUAUCUUCAAAAAUCAACAGAUAAAGUACAUAAUGUGAAGGAGGCGACUGAUGUAGAGACUGUAGGAGGUGGUUCAUUCUCGGGUCUUCCAGCAGAAAUAUUCCUCAGCACAGAUCUGGAAAUUUUGAAAAGUAAACUUAAUCUUGGAAACUGUUUAGAGAUACUUCAUCUUGCCAAGAAAAAGGGCCAAAAAUCCGUUCAGCAAGCAGCCCUGGAGGUCAUGUCAGACAACUACCUACAGGUGCUUCGGGACCCCAACCUUUAUGGACGGCUAAUGGCUGAUGAGCGGGAACGAAUUCGGAAGCAGAGAAUGAGAGCGAGAAGGUUUGUCAUAGUUGCAGAUAUGGACCCUCAAGACUGCUUCAGAAAUACAGCAGCACAGAGACAAAAAUCAGAACAGAGGAGCACAUCCAGUGCAAUGUACUUUUAUGAUGACUACAAAGAUGUCUGGCAUUCUCUUUGCCUGAUCCCACAGGAGGUCAUUUCUAAAGCCUGUGCUAUGUGCACAAUGGAUAACUACUUAUUUGUGGCAGUAGGUUGUCAUGGCAGUGACAGAGAAAUGACGCCCUCAAAGAGAGUGUUUUGCUACAAUCCUUUGACAUCCAUUUGGAAAGAGAUCAGUCCUAUGAAUGAAGCCAGGCCCCGCUGCAAACUGGCAGCACUGGAUGGCUACAUCUAUGCCAUCGGAGGGGAGUGUCUCUCCUCUGUGGAGCGCUAUGACCCCCGACAGGACAGAUGGACAUUUGUGGCUCCACUGCCUAAUGAUACUUUUGCUAUUGCACAUCAUGUGACUGUGUGCAGUGGAGAGCUCUUUGUUUCUGGGGGUACUCUUAGAUAUAUUUUACUUCGUUACAACCCCAAAACCAACACCUGGAGGCCAAGUCUUAUAGUAGGCAGCAAAGAUAGAGCUAUAGAUAUGGUUGCUGUGGAAAGAUUUCUCUACAGAUUUGACAUAAACCCAUUACUGGGAGUCAGUGUGUUUCGCUACCAUACGGUGGCACGGCUUUGGUAUGAGUGCAGUGCCAAGCGAAUGCUGCACUGCCCGGCCUUUCAGUGUGUUGCGAUGGAUGGCACAGUUUACUGUCUCAGCCGACACUUCACCAUGAGAUUUGAUGCCGAUGAGAUCUCUCCUGCUUUUGCAGAUGAGGAGUUGAGUGUCCUCUCUGAAGCAAAGGGCUUACUUUUCCCCUUUAUCCUUUCACUACCUGAUAAGAAUCCUCGACAGACAAGUGUGUAAAAAGGACUAAGCUUUUUUUGCUGAUAAGAUUUGAUAGUUACUGAGUACUUGUACAAGAGUUAUUACAUUAGGGUAAUAACUGACUGGGGGGAUUUUAUUGUCUUACAAAAAAUAUCACCACAAACUGGUAAGCCAUUUAUUUGAAAUGUUAUUACUAUACCCUCUUCAUAAAACCACAGCACAUCAGUUUAAUAAACAACUUUAUUUUGUUUUUGGACUAGGUAUUAAACAAAGAUGUGUUGUUUGCUAUGUUCUAUCCUUGGCAGUAUAUAUAAAAGAUUAGACUUUUAAUGAUAGUCAAAUUACUGUUUGCUUAGAUUUACGCAGGAAUUGCUGCCAUGUUAAUUGUUUGCUGCUUUGAUUUGCCACUUCUUCCUCACAUUCUGGUAAUUUAAUGCCAUCCCAGAUGCCUAACCUCUUUCCAGUAAAAGGUAAUUCAUAAAAACAAUCUAGAGUAAAUUAGUUAUUCAAAUUUGAACACUCAGAGUUUGUGCAAUAAACUGAUAAUUUACCUCUGUGCUCAUCUGUGUGAGUCAUGAGUAUAACUAAUGCAGUGGUCUGGAUACAAUGCUAUUAUCUAAAGCUGCUCUUUAAGGAAAUGACAGAUUGUAAAUGGAUAUGCCAUGAGAAUGAAUGGUUUGCUUCCAAAACAUUUGUCACAUUUUAAUCUCUGCAGCAUUUACAUUUUUGCAGGUAUUUGUUAACACUUUAAUAAUUCUUCUUUCAUGAUAAAAAAUGCUUUAUCAGCUCAUUGAGUGGAAUAAUUUUCUUGUAACAGUCAGACAUAUUUACCUUGUAAUCUAUUUUCAUAAACAUCAAAUAAAAGAAAACAAACAUA